UUUGUAUGUUUAUAUUUUUCUGGGUCAGGCCACAUAAAGACAAGCCACUGCGGACAGCGGCUCAAAAUGAUUAUAAACUGGAAGCGCCUGUCCAACAUAGUGCGCUAUACAGUGGCCUAUGCUGCGAUAACCCAUUGCACAUUUGAGUAUAUUGGCGACUUUGUACUGUGCAAAGGACCCUCGAUGGAGCCGACUCUCUUCACGGACAACGUUCUGGUGACCGAACGGCUUACGAAGCACUGGCGCGGCUACAAGCCCGGCGACAUUAUCAUUGCCGUCUCGCCGACCAAUUCCAAGCAGUGUGUCUGCAAGCGUGUGGUGGCCGUCUCCGGCCAGGAGGUGCGCAUAGCCCAGCCCCGUUCGGUUGCCAACAAGACCAAACCAGCCAUGAUAAAGUCCUAUGUGCCGCGCGGCCACAUUUGGAUUGAGGGCGACAACAAGGACAACAGCUGCGACUCCCGCGACUAUGGCCCCAUUCCCGUUGGUCUUAUCCGCAGCCGUGUGGUCUACCGUGUUUGGCCGCUGGCCGACGCCUGUGGCGAACUGUAGGAUCAUCUGUAGAUCUGUAGUAUAUCUUCUAUUCUGCCAAGCUUAUUUUUAUUUGUAAUGCGAUGAUGUACCCUUACAAAGGGUAGGGGUAGGGGUAUGGAAAUUGUUUAGAGACUGUUAUAAAGAAUAUAUAUUUACGAAACGAAUGAUGCCUCUCAUCCGGCAAGCAAUCGUUCGCAUGGCCGGGUAAUCCCUUCCUCAAUGCGAUCCUUAGGAAAUCCCAAGAUUGUCACUUGUUUGGCCAGUGGCUGGCCUUUCAUUUGGCACAUUUAACAAUACAAAGUACAUACAAAAAUUAA